UACAAGUCUCAUAUUUGCAGAGAGCACACGGCUCUCUUGGACUGCUCUCAUCCAUCACAGACAGAGUUUAUCUAAAAGUCCCCCUCACAGACCAGAGCAACAUGGGGAGCAGUGUCUCAUGUGUCCCCCAGCACAACUUCAGACUGUCCAAGAGUUUCAUUCGCAGAAACAGCAGUCGACUGUUUCGCAGGAAGAACCCCCAAGAGGGACAAGAGAAGUCCAACAGCAUCAUAAAUAUCCUGAGCACAGUCACCCCCUUCAAGGAAAUGUCCCCUAAAGAUCUACGCACCAUAGAGAACAUAAAAUGGGAUCCUCCGUUCCCUUACGACCCGGCCAGUGGCUGGAAAAAAAGCAGCAUUAACGUAAAGAAUUUUGGACGGAUGAUUCACAGCUCCAAAGUUUGUUUCCGCUUCCUCCAGUGCCAGGAUAUUCACGAAUGUUUCCUGGAUCUCUUUGAAACACAUCUUCAUUUUGUUUCAAGCAACACAACUGGACUAACGUACCAGGGGACGCUUCCACUGAAAGAACUCACCAUCUGCAACCUUCAGCAGAACUGUAACCACAGCCAGCCUCAGGAAUAUGCCUUCCAAAUAAACGGUGUCAGCCUCAACUCCAUCAUCAUCUACUGCGCCAACCAGGAAGAAAUGGACCUCUGGUUUAGUCUGCUCAAGCAAAACAUCGAGGCGAACGGAGGCACUGCUACCACACCUGAAAAUUACACGAGAGUGAGAGAGAAGACUCAAAAAGGAGGAGAAGACCUGAGGAACUCCAUCAGCCGAGACCCAAUUUACGAGUGGGAGGGCUCUCAGCGGGACAGUUUGGGCUCCAUCGCCUACGUCACCAAAGUCCAACUGCAGCACCUGCCCUGCCCGCAACAGAGCGACAGGUUGCUGGUGAUGUACCCAUCGACUCUGAUCAUCCUGUCAGAGGAGCCCAACGGGCUCUUUUAUAAGGGCAAACUUCCACUCAACAUGAUUACCAUAACCACUCCCUGUCAAGACGUCAAACCCAACACCUUUAUGAUUGAGGGAAAAAUGAUCAACCCCAUCGUGGUGUCCUGUCAGGAUAGGCCUGAGUUCUGUAACUGGAUCCAGCAUUUCAAAGCUGCAGAUGUUCCUGUUCUCACCCCCCCACCCCCAGUGUAUGACAUCAUCUACACCCCGACAGACACAGAGGCGCCAAAGAAGUUUGACAGGUGGAGCGGAAACAGUCAAGGGCGAGGCGAGUCUCUCAAAUGCAAUCAGCCUUCAGGUGAACACGGGUCCCAAAACCUUCAGUUACCCAUUCGGGAAGAAAAGCUCUUGUCUCCGGGAUACGCUGAACCGCUCUGUUACAGCCGUCCGUCCUCGAUUGAGACAGCUCGGCUGGGCAGCAGAACCAACAGCGUCUCUUCACACACCAGGCCGGAGAGCGACCUCAGGCCUUUGUCGCUGCGUUACGCCUCACCUCAGCACAGCUCCUUCCUCCAGCCUGCAGAGAGCUCUCAGAUCUACAGCACGCCCUACUCGGUGCUGCAUCGCGCCAGUCCGCAGCGGCUGGAGAAAGCCCCACUCGUCAAGUCUAACAGCUGGAGCACACCGCAGACAUCCGUGAACUUCCCACUAAACGCACCGCAACGUCACUCAGACAUGUGCGCCCCAAGACAACCCCUGUCGCCUCUGUACGACGAGCCCUGCAGCCCUGAAAUCUACUCCCUCAAGGAGGCCAGGCCAGAGCAGAGCUGGGAUGAACUAAUCCAGCACCGACACCAUCAUCAGGAUCUCCAGCUUCGCCACGAACCAAUCCAGAAGCAACACCAUCAUCAGAACUCUCAGCUUCUUCCCUCUUCCUUCAAACUACAAACCCCUCCGUUGGGCAGACGCUGUCACAGAAGCUUGGUCCUGACCAACCUCCAGGGUCAGGCUUACGGUUCGGACUUGGAAACUCCCCAGAGCCACGCAGAUCAGAGAGCAGAGGCCGUGUCGAGGCUAAAGCUGCUGCCUGCGCCCAGCCAAGUUCGAGAGCAGAUACCUCUCCCGUCGAGCUCUGUGAGGAACGCCACACAAAUGCCUUAUGGUUACUCCCCUGAUCUUCAUUCAUACCUGGAACCCACAGAUCCAGAUGACCAGGAAGUGGACUAUGACAACAUUUGGGAGUACGACCACGAGACUGGAAUGAUUCAGUCAGUGCCUGGAAUUUCAACACACUGGACAGGAUUAGACUUUGAGUCCCAAGGCCUUGGUCCUAUGGCAACUCAGCAGAGAUGGUCAUGAAACUAAAUAAUAGUCCGGCACUUGUCUGGACAUGUGCAAACAACAGAUCACUAUCAGAGGGAUAAUAAAAGGCAACAAUCCCAGCCGGAGUUGCUCCCAGUGUGUGAAGCAACGAUUCACAGGAACUGCUUUGUCAGACGCUGGGUAGUGGAGAUGCCAGCGAUGGACGCAGUUCAGUUUAUUUAAUAUGUAGCAUUUAGGAG